CUCGUACCGAUGCUUUGAAGUACUCGACUUCCCUCUUCCCUUGAUUAUUCUGGAAAUUAAAUACGAAUCGCAUUCGACAUCAUCCAUCAUAAUGAUCGAUUUCAUUCGCCAUCAUUGGUAUGACCUGGGCGUCAUACCAUUCUUUCUCUCCCUUCGAUACCUCCAUCUGAAUCGAUCUAAAUUAUCGACUUCGCAGAAAUUCCUCCUUGCCAAUUUCAUGACAGUUUUGGUCCAUCAGUUUGAAGAAUAUCGCUUCCCGGGGGGUUUUCCUGUCGCAAUGAACCUGGGUGUACACUCUAGCGAUCGACCUGACCGGUUCCCUUUGAGUUCUCAAUCUGCGACUUUCACCAAUGUGGUCGCCACUUACGCAUUCUAUCUUCCUCCUGUGUUCUUCCCUGACCAAGUUUGGCUUGGACUGGCACCGUUUCUCUUCGGAUUUGGACAGUUCUUCAUUCAUGGUAUCAACAUGAAUAUGAAGCUGGGUUCAUUCUAUAACCCAGGAUUAGCAUCUGUGGUCCCCAUGUACAUUCUCGGUUACUACUACAUUCGUUACAUGACACAGAGUGGUCAGUUGACAGGGCGUCAGUGGGCGCUUGGUCUGGCCUAUGCCGCUGCAUUUUGGUAUUUGAUGCUUAUCAAGUCUACCUUUGGUUGGCUCGCGGAUGACAACUCGCCAUAUCCCUUCCAUCCGGCUGAGAUGGAACGCGGAGGAAUGGCUGCUUGGAUUAGACGCGUUCGCGGUCAAUGAGUACGGCGGUCACGUGCGUUCGCUUCACGCAGUCGGAUGAUACAAUCUCCCGGGAUAUUAUUCACACCCUGCGGUAAGAUUGGUAAGGUGUGUAAGGUAUUUUGGAGGCGAGUAGCAGAGUGGGAUUGUUGUGUUAUCAGGUCAGGAUAAGCAGGUAAUAUCCACUAACAGUCAAAACAUGUAUUCUACUUUAUUCACAAUAGUAAUGAGAUACAUACUAUCUCUCUAUACGACAGCCAAGUCCAAGACAAGUGCCAGACGCUACCAGAUAUUAUGAAAAAGCGAAAAUUUGCGGGUGCGAAGCCUGUAAGG